AUGUCUACCCUCCGCAUCGAAUUUGACAUUGGCAUUAACUGGAACGAGGACGACGCUCCUAUCGACCCGAUUAUUCUUCCUCAACUUACACCGCCGGGCAUGUUAUCGAACGACUCGGACUCGUCCCAGUCAGACACGCUCUAUAUGAGGCAGGGCAAAAGAAUCCACCGAGGCCGUAGGGCAAUCGUCUUCGCUUGCCAGAUGCAGCAAGGAGAGGAAACUCCCAUUGACGUAGUUCUCAAGCUCACGACCCUCAAAGCGCACCAUGACGAUCUCGUCAAAGAGGCUGGUUUUUAUGAGAACCAGCUUGCGGCUGUACAGGGCAAUGUCGUGCCCUGGUUCUAUGGUAUAUUUCAAGGUCAAUUCCGUUCUCGAUUUAUGACCUGUAUGGUAUUGGAGCACUGUGGCGAGCCUAUGGGUCAAGCUCAAUAUGAAGACAUUGAUUUCAAAGCGGAGCUCAUCAAUCGCCUUGGUUAUCUGCACAGCUUCUGUGGAAUUGAACAUGGCGACGUACGCGAUAGUAACAUACUCGUGAAAGACGGCUUCGCCGUAUUCAUCGACUUUGAAUAUGCACGGCCACACAAGUGCGAGCGAACUAUGAUGAUUGAAAUAGGAAAGCCGUGGCCUCAGGAGCUGGAAUUCGGCUGUAUCGAGUUGCAUGACGCGGGGAAGGAUUUUGGGCUCUGGGGCCCGGCUAUCGUCGAAUUCUUAGACGGUUGUAUAUCAGUCUAUCAGAUCACGUCGGCAAAACGGUUGGUCGAACUGACGCUACGCAAUGAGUAUACCGACCCGGCAGAUGCACUGGAGGAGGCACGAGAGUUUGUGCAGUAUCUCGUCGACAUAGGGACACUGCCCAAAUCUGCACUGACAAACUAG